AUGCCGCGGAGCGGUGGGAAGGGGAGAAAGGAGCGGGAUGUGGGGAGGGAGGAGGAGGAUGCAGGGGCCGUGGGCUCGCUGGAGGCCGCGGUGCGGGAAGCCAGGCGCAGGGCAGCCCCGUCGGUGCGGGAUUUCCGCUACAACAAGCAGCGGGCCCGGCUCGUGUCCCGGGGCUCCGAGCUGAAGGAAGGCGCCGAGUGCAUCCUCUAUUGGAUGUGUCGGGACCAGCGGGUGCAAGAUAACUGGGCUUUCCUCUACGCCCAGCGCCUGGCCCUCAAGCAAGAGCUGCCUCUGCGCGUCUGCUUCUGCCUAGUGCCCAAGUUCCUGGAUGCCACCAUCCGCCACUACGGCUUCAUGCUGAGGGGGCUGCGGGAGGUGGCCGAGGAGUGUGCGGAGCUGGACAUCCCCUUCCACCUGCUGCUGGGCUGCCCCAAGGACGUGCUGCCCAGCUUCGUGGUGGAGCACGGCGUGGGAGGGCUGGUGACAGACUUCUGUCCCCUCCGUGUCCCCCAGCAGUGGGUGCAGGAGGUCAAGGAGCGAUUGCCUGAAGAUGUGCCCUUUGCACAGGUGGAUGGCCACAACAUCGUGCCCUGCUGGGUCACAUCCCCCAAGCAGGAGUACAGUGCCAGGACCAUCCGGGCCAAGAUCCACAGCCAGCUCCCAGAGUUCCUCACCGAGUUCCCUCCUGUUAUUCGGCACCCACAUCCACCACCCAACACCCCAGAGCCCAUUGCGUGGGAUGCCUGCUACUCCAGCCUGCAGGUGGACCGCACGGUGCCAGAGGUGGCAUGGGCGACUCCUGGCACUGCUGCUGGGCUGGCCAUGCUGCAGUCCUUCAUCACCAAGCGGCUCAAGUCCUUUGGCUCACAGCGGAAUGACCCGAACAAGGCAGCUCUCAGCAACCUUUCUCCAUGGUUCCACUUUGGCCAGGUGUCCACCCAGCGAGCCAUCCUGGAGGUGCAGAAGCACCGACGUGCCUACAAGGAGUCGGUGGAUGCUUUUGUGGAGGAGGCCGUGGUACGGCGGGAGCUGGCAGAGAACUUUUGCUACUACAACGAGAACUACGACAGUGUGCAAGGCGCCUAUGACUGGGCACAAACCACACUGAAGCUCCACGCCAAAGACGAGCGGCCUUUUCUCUACGAGUUGCCCCAACUGGAGCAGGCUGCCACACAUGACCCGCUCUGGAACGCUGCUCAGCUACAAAUGGUGCAGGAGGGCAAGAUGCAUGGCUUCCUGCGCAUGUACUGGGCCAAGAAGAUCCUGGAAUGGACCCGCAGCCCUGAGGAAGCCCUACAGUUUGCCAUCUACCUCAACGACCGCUAUGAGCUGGAUGGGAUGGACCCCAACGGCUAUGUAGGCUGCCUUUGGUCCAUCUGUGGCAUCCACGACCAGGGCUGGAAGGAGCGGGAUGUCUUCGGGAAGAUCCGCUACAUGAACUAUGCUGGCUGCAAGCGCAAGUUUGAUGUGGAUCAGUUUGAGAGCCGCUACACCCGCUGCAAGUGACUGUGAUGCGGAGGGGUGAGGGACCCUGACUGGUUAGCACUGCUCCCUGCAUGGGUGGAUGUGCUUUUUUCAUGGUGCUGGCUUGCACUGACACAGAUUUGCUAUGGGUGGUGGUGGAGGGCUUUGUUGUAAAGCUUAUGGUUUGUAGCUUCUAUGUUGGCAGCUGCACGGUGAGGGAUGCAGCUGCCUUGUCCCUGCUCACACUGAAGCUGAGCUCCCUGCCAGAAGGAAAAAAAGAAAAGUUCAGGACACAACCCCACCUCAUAUUAACUUAGUUUAUUAGGGACGGCAUUUUCAUUGCUACACUGUGCAGCAGUCCCAUUGGGAGGGCUCCAGUGAAAUGCUGGGGCAGCUUGUGGUUCUCCCUUAGAAACAUUUGGGGCCUUGGCAAGCUCCAGCAUCACAUCAGGAUGUUAGUGUUGGACAUCACCUUGCUCCAGAGCCCUCAGCCAGGUUUCAAGUCCCCAUUGUUUUCAGAUGGAGGGAAGAAAAUACAAAUAAACCAAAAUCCAUUUGCUUUUCUCUAAAUACACUCAGUGCUUCUAGAACGGGAUGUGGGCAACCUCGCAGCCAGUGCCCCACGACAUUAAAGUGCUUCAAACAAAA